AUGAUACUCUUAUAUGAAGGAAAUGAAAUUGUGCAGUUUUAUGUAGGCUUGAAGAAGACUACUUGGACCGCAUCUUGUAUCAUUUAUAAACGGUUAUGUGUUUCCAAGUCUUUUCUUCACUACAGCGUCAACUUGGGGACCACAAUCGGCACAAUACGCAGGACGACCAUGAAGGUGGCGACGUGGAUCAGUACGGCGACGUGCCUCUUGGCGACGCUCAGCCAUGUUGCACAUGCAGAUGUUGAAUCCCACGAGUACGAGCCGAAGGAAGAGGUCGUUGCUUGGGUAAACAAGAUUGGACCGUUCAACAACCCGCAGGAAACAUACACGUACAACUCGCUUCCAUUCUGCAAGGCCGACGGUCUCGAAUUGCCAGAAGCGCAUGCGUUGGGCAUCGGUGAGAUCCUCGAAGGCAACGAGCUGUUCAAUUCCGGCAUGAAGUUGCAAUUUGCCGUCGAUACACCCAAGACAACGCUAUGUUCCCAAACGUUUUCUGCAAAGGAAGCGCAAGAAUUCAUCGAUGCUGUGGACGAGCAUUAUUGGUACCAGAUGAGCGUGGACGACUUGCCGUUGUGGGGACUUGUUGGCCGGGUCGUUGCCGACGACGACGAGCCCGAAAUCCUCGAACAGUUUAAGGUUGGCGAUCGCCUGAUCUACACGCACAAGCGGUUCAGCAUUUCGCACAAUGGCCCAAACAUCAUCCACGUCAACUUGAGCUACGCCGAGGUCGCAACGACGAUCCAGGCCAACAAGAAGAUCAAUUUCACGUACGAAGUGUCGUGGACUCCGACGACGAUUGAGUUUGACGAUCGUUUCGAUCGGUAUUUGGAAGACGAGUUCUUCGAGCACCAGAUCCACUGGUUUAGCAUCUUCAACUCGUUCAUGAUGGUCAUCUUCCUUUGUGGCCUUGUCGCCCUCAUUCUCUUGCGCACAUUGCGCCAAGACUACGCCAAGUUUGCAGCCGACGACGACGAACUCCUGCUCGAGCCUGGCCAGACGAGCUCCAUGCUCAAAGACGAAGGGUCGUCUGGGUGGAAGCUCCUCCAUGGCGACGUCUUUCGUGCGCCGCGCCAUUUGCUCCUGUUCUGCGCGCUCUUGGGCACGGGGGCCCAGCUGCUCGUGCUGAGUUUCCUGGUCAUUCUCAUCUCCAUCGUGAGCUCGUUGUACAUGAAGCCUGGCGGAGUCGUCUCGGUCGGUCUCACGUGCUACGCGCUGUCGUCGUUGGCAAACGGAUGGGCCAGCGGCGCGUCGUACCACCAGUUCUUUUACCCCCGCGUGUCGAAGGACUGGAUCAAGGCGAUGCUUUUGUCGGCCGGGUUGCUGCCGUCCGUCGUGUUUGUCUCGAUCUUCUUCAUCAACUUGACUUCGAUUGCUUACGGCACGACGUAUGCCAUUCCGUUCGUCACGAUUGUCCAAGUGAUCCUCGUCUGGUUCUUCGUAUCGUGUCCGUUGGCCGUCCUUGGGACGAUUCUCGGCCGCCAUGGCGCCGCCAAGCGCGGGUUCCCCUGCCGUGUCAACAAAUUCCCGCGUGAAAUCCCCGAAGCACGGUGGUACCUCCGCCCGUUGGUCCUCGGGCUUCUCACGGGCGUGCUUCCGUUCGGAUCAAUCUUCAUCGAGAUGUAUUUUAUCUUUGCCUCGUUUUGGAACUACAAGUUUUACUACGUGUACGGGUUCAUGCUGCUCGUGUUUGUGAUUUUGACCAUUGUCACGCUGUGCGUCACGAUCGUGUCAACGUACUUCUUGCUCAACGCGGAAAACUACCAUUGGCACUGGACGUCGUUUUCGGCCGCCGGCAGCACCGCGCUGUACGUGUUUGCGUACUCGGUGUACUUUUACUUUUUCAAGACGAGCAUGUCUGGGUUCGUCCAAACGAGCUUCUACUUUGGCUACAUGGCGCUCUUUUGCUUUGCCUUUUUCAUCAUGUGCGGAACGAUCGGGUACUUUGGAAGCAGCAUCUUCACCAAGAGAAUAUACCGAAAUAUCAAGGUCGAGUAA